AUGACGGUGGCGCUGACGCCCACGCUGGCCGACCUGUCGAUCCCGAUCUCGGUCCUGGUUCGCCGCAAUGCAGCUGGUGGCGGUCCUGGCGGUGCAGCCACCAGUUCCGAUGGCCCGGCCCAACUUGCCUUCUCGUCCCGUCAUCCGGGGCCCGCUUUCUUGUGCGGCUUGCAGCCGCGUCCGCUUCUCCGGUGGUGGUCCUCCCUGGCUCCUGUCCGGUUGCGGCCGAUGCCCAGCGGCGGUGUCCUCCAUGCCGUUGUCUAG